UUCCAAAUUUGUAGUAAAAACAGUUUUAGAUAAGAAAAAUGGACAACACUAUGACUCCAGAGCCUCACUUGGUGCCAGGUUAUACCGGGCACUGUCCUGAGAAUCGUGAUCGAGUGGGCAAGACAUACGGCAGACAGACGCAUACGCUGCUUAUCGAUCCUUGCAGUAAUCAUGCACCUGAACUAAUACUUGCGCCCAUCAAUGCCAAGCCUGAUAUCAAAGAUUAUCCUACACCAAAUGAACUGAAAAUCCUGCACGAUCGCAGUGAGUUUGUAGACUCAGUAUAUCAACAUCCCAUUAUCCCGGGCUAUGCGGGCUUUGUGCCCAACAUGUUCAAGCAGACGGGUAAACGUUAUGUAGCCGCCGCCACAGCGGGUGUUGCUCAGCACGAGACGCUAAUGCAGCUCUAUCGUUGCGAGCAGCGUACUAUACGUCAUCGAGAUUUACUAGAGAGUGGAAGAGGAUUGUUCGAGCACAAAUUGAAUGAGCGAUUACUACCUCGUUCGCAGUAUCGCGCGCCAUUGAUACCCGUUACGCACGUCUGCAGGGGCAUCAAAGACGAGAAGUGCCCGCCGACAACGGAGAAGCUGCGCUAUAGCAAAUUCACUUCACCCCACUUUUUGGAUGAUGAUGAUCAGGACAAGUUCAUCAUCAAUGGCUAUGCUGCUCAUAUACCGAUGGCUAUGACGCGCUUCGGGGAGCCAAGCAAGGUGCUCACCCAUAAUGCCCUCUGCAGCUUCUCGGACUAUAUGUAUAAAAAGAAGCGCGAUAAGUGGUGUUGUGGACAAGAUUUGACAACUCCAGCUAUUAAGUGUCCGCCAGUUGGACACUUCAUCGUUUACCAUAAUAAUCAGGGCAUGCAUCCCACUUAUUCCGGUCAUGUGCCCGGUCAGAAUUACAAAUUUGGACGUUCGUUUGAAAAAACAUCAUAUCAUGCGAAACGCUGGUUGGAAGUUCAUAAGGAUCUCACUGUUCUUCCAGAGAUUGCCAAAUUGGAUCUCGAAUAUUAAACAAGUCAACAAUGUUAGAGAAUCCUUUUUAAGCUUGGCUCCGUUUAGUUUCCAGAAUACAAUAAAGUUUGCAUUGAAAUUAA